UAAUAUAGUUAUUUUAGAAAAAAUCUACAAACAACAAAACAACAUAUCAUGUUUUUAUUUCUUAUAAUUAUUAACAUUGUAUUAUUCUUGGACAUUGAAUAUUGUCAAAUUGUUCAACAGAAUGAAACAUUAUUUUCUCCACUUUCUGAUGAAUUGAUCACAUUUAUUAAUCAGCAUCCAGAUGCUGGAUGGAAAGCUCAAAGAACAAAUCGAUUUAGUACAAUUGAAGAUGCUAAAACAAUGAUGGGUGUUCUAUUUGAAGAUAGUAAUCAAAGAGCAAGAUUACGUCCAACAAUUAAUCAUAAUGAUGUGAAUAUGAGAAUACCAAAAUUUUUUGAUUCACGAAAACGUUGGAAAAAUUGUCAAAGUAUACGAACAAUUCGUGAUCAAUCAUCAUGUGGUUCUUGUUGGGCAUUCGGAGCAGUUGAAUCAAUGAGUGAUCGUAUUUGUAUUCAUUCAAACAGUAGAAUCUCAGUUGAAUUAAGUGCUGUCAAUCUACUUAGUUGUUGUACAAGAUGUGGUUCCGGUUGUAAUGGUGGUCUACCAGGAUUAGCAUGGGAUUAUUGGAAGUAUGAAGGUAUUGUUACUGGUGGAUCAAAUGAAACACCUUCUGGAUGUCAACCAUAUCCAUUUCCUAAAUGUAAUCAUCAUCAAUCCACUUCACAGAUGUAUCCACCUUGUGAAGGUCAAUAUUACUCAACACCGGAAUGUUAUACAACAUGUCAACAUGAUUAUCGAAAAAGUUAUAAAAAAGAUAAAUUUUAUGGUAAAAGUUCCUAUAACAUAGACGGUUAUGAAAUUGCAAUCAUGAAAGAAAUUCUAUUGAAUGGUCCAGUUGAAGGUGCAUUUUUUGUUUAUGAAGAUUUUCUCAAUUAUAAAUCUGGUGUUUAUAAACAUAUCACUGGCUCAUAUUUAGGUGGUCAUGCUAUACGUAUAUUAGGCUGGGGUGUUCAUAAAAAUCAUAUUCCUUAUUGGUUAUGCGCUAAUUCAUGGAAUAAUGAAUGGGGUGAUAAAGGUUAUUUCAAAAUUUUACGAGGUACCAAUGAAUGUGGAAUUGAGUCAAUGGUAACAGCUGGUUUACCAAAUUUACACAAAUAACUCAUCUUUGAUUAUAGUGCUGGAAUUUUUUUUAUGACUCAUUUAUUCAGAUAAACAAAUAAUGGAUGUUGAACAAAAAGUGUUUAUGAAUAAAAUCUGAUUUUUGAUGAUUGUUUUGUUUUAAUUAUUGUAUAAUUGGAAUCCAUUAUACAUCGUUCAUCAGUGUAUAUUCUAUUACAUUUCAUAAUGUAAACAUUAAACUGCACCCCAGUUUUGCUACAAAUAAAUGAGAAAAUCUGUCUCUAGAGUUUUGAAUGUAACCGUGUAUUUUUCUACUUUAGU